AUGUUCUGCCAGUGCACCAACGAGGGAUACCUGUUCUUCGAUGACAUGACAAAUGAUCAUGAUAGGGUUCUGAUCUACGAUGGUGCUGUCGCGCUGCAGGCCUUGACGUAUUUUGGGGUUCUAAGGGUCUGCACCUAUGGAUUUCUCUAUGCAGUAUGUCCCGAAACUGUAUACAAUGUCACCAAAUUCGCCAAAACCCACCCCGGUGGCGAGGAAGCCCUCAACACCGUCGCAGGCACCGAUGCUACCGAUGCCUUUGAGGAUGUCGGCCACUCAGACGCGGCCAACAAUCUCAUGCAGUCAUACCUGAUCGGCACCGUGAAACGGAACGAGCGUAGACGACAGAGUGAGCCGGAAGCGAAACCAGCGAACAAAAAGGAGAAGCUGUCUCCUUCAGAAUUCGCAUUCCGGGCGAUUGUUCUUGCUUUGGUCUAUUCUGUCAUCAGGUUGACCGCGCAUCUUUGGUUUCCCAUGUUGAAAAGCCUUUUUACUGUUCGAUCUAUUGCUGAGGCGAGCUUUGGAUGGGGUUUCAUUGCGGCCACUGUCCUCUGCCUGGGCGUUAUUGGCUUUGUGAAUAGGUCUGCUGCGCCUAGAGUAGAUAUUCAUCAUGAGCCUACGCAACCUCCUCCACAGUUGGAAGCCAAGAGACCGGGGAAACGUAAAAGGAGGGGGGAUUGA